GGACAACAAUAACAAGGAUGAUUGUAACCCGGCCAAUCACUGGGCCAAAUGCUGGGGAGAAGGAAGAAUCAGACAGUAUUACAGUUAAAGGUGAUACCAGCAGGAGCAGACAUCACGGUUCAGCUGCACAGGGGCCGAGCAUGUCAGGGGGUCCGCCGCCACCGCUGCUCACUGUUCUAAAGCGGCCGCAGAGCAUAAUAGCACAGCUGGCACUUUAGGCAGUGAGUCUGCAGCCAGCUGACCCAGGUCUGACGCGCAGGAGGACGUCAGUGACGUCACUCAUCAGGCCGCCACCAGAGAGGAGAAGCAAUGCACAGGCCAGUGCAUGUACCAGUUCAAGCUUGGAACUGCCCACCACAUAGCUGCUGACAUGGACUAUGUGACACAGAGGUGGUGAGGGACAACAACAGGACCAAUGAGAGGAGCAGGGGAGCAUGUCCUCCUAUGUCCAGUACCUGCUGCAUUUUUCCAACAUCACAGAGAAAAGAGUCACUUACUAACCAUGCAGGAUCCAGCACCCUCAUCCCUGGACAGCUCCAAAGAUCCCCAGCCUCCUGCUCAGCUUCUCACAGCCUACUUCAUAGACAACAUCCUGGGGAGAGUACCCAGUGCAGGGGGCAAAAACAGCCCCAAAGAGGAACUCACACAGGAAAGUGCUGCUCAGAAAGAAGAUUCCUCGCCUCCUGUGAAAAUAACAUACAACCCAGCAUCCCAUGUCCAAAAAAAUAGUGCAGAUAAUUCAUCAUCCAAAGGGGUCAGUGGAGGCAUUACUACCGGAAAGGCAUCAGAGAACAUCCAUGAGGAUCGAAAUUAUGAAAAGACAGUGAAAGAUGAUGGAGAGCUGAACACUGGUUCUGAAUUGUCUACAUCCACCGGACCUGGGAAAAGGAAGCAGCGCCGAUACCGCACCACCUUCAGCAACCUACAGCUAGAAGAGCUGGAGAGGGCCUUCAUGAAGUCCCAUUAUCCAGAUGUGUUCACCAGAGAGGACCUUGCUAUGCGGCUGAAUCUAACUGAAGCAAGAGUGCAGGUUUGGUUCCAAAAUCGAAGAGCAAAAUGGAGAAAACGUGAGAAGUCAGACCUGCUUGGGGGUGUCCCUGCCUUCCCCAUCAGGCAUCCCUUGAGUCUAUAUCUUGAUCUCCCAUUAAAUUCCAGCCACAUUAUUGAUCCAGUUUGGAGAACAGUGCCUAUUUCAGCCGUGACAUCUCCAUCUGUCAACCCAUCUAUCUCCACAUCAAACCAAGGUGCAUUUGGUCUGAAUCAUAUGUCAUGGACAUCCCUUCUCCAAAACCCUAUAUUUACACCUUACUUUGGAAGGUUUCUCAGUGUCCUUAACCCCUUGGUCACCACACCUCCUCUACUUCUAAAAAGUCCAACUUCAGACUCUGAACAUCCUAUACUGAGUGAAUCUCUUCCAACUGUGGGAACAUUGAGACUUGUCCCUAAGGAACAUUCUGAGCAAGUGUCACCUGCUAAUCUGCUUUCCAGUUUCUCCAGUGUUAGUAAAGACCUCUGCUGACAAAUGUGAACAGGCAAGAAGUGCGGAUCAACACAGAGCAGAUAAAACGUACAUUUCGCAUUCACAUCUUUCUAUACAUCCAUUGCGACUUUUCAUCUGAAGGCUGCUGCACUGCAACCUGUUGUCUGACCAGCAAAAUAUUUGAUGUUCAAAAUGAAUCUCCAGCUUUGAGACCACUGCUCGUCCCUAUCAAGGCAGCAGCCUGUAGUCUUCAGAGGAAAUGGAAACAUUGUUCCAGCAGUAGAUAUAUUUUAUACAUGUAUAUUGUACAUAGUUAUAAAAAAUAUAAUUCAUACUGAAGAUUGUGUAAUAUAUAAUACUUGAUUCCCUAUACCCUAAAUCUCCAUAAAAUAAGCAAUAACAGUAAAUAAAUA